UAAGUUUACUAAUCAGGUGAAUAAUAUUUCUGAAUUACAAGCAGUUAAAAGUUAUCUUCAAGCCCUUGGUAAAGAUUCUCUUUCUGCUUCAGAAUUAAAUAUUAGAGUUUUACCAAUCAUUAAUCCCGAAGUUAUUUGUUUAGGACUAAAAUUAGCUUCUGCUUUGGAAAUGAAAAUUAAUAAAACUAUCCUUUUUGACCGCAAAAUUUAUAAUUAUUUCGAUUUACCAAAAGGUUACCAAAUUACUCAACAAGAACUUCCUUUUGCUAAUUCAGGCUUUUUACCAAUAAUUAAAGAAAGCGGAGUUGAAAGGAUACCAAUUAAAACUUUACAAUUGGAAGAAGACACUGCCAAAAGUGCCUAUUCAAAAGAGGGAAUUAAAUUAGACUUUAACCGGGCUGGCAAUCCUUUAAUUGAGUUAGUUACCGAGCCAGUUUUCCACCAUGUAGAAACUGUUUUAGUAUUUAUUAAACAAUUACAGUGUCUUUUACGAUAUUUAGAGGUUUCCGAAGCCAAAAUGGAAAAGGGUCAAUUAAGAGUGGAUUUAAAUUUUUCUUUGCAAUUAGGGAACAAAUAUUCUACUCCUCGUUAUGAAAUUAAAAACCUUAACUCUUUGGCGAAUAUUGAAAAGGCUUUAAAACACGAGGUUAACAAGCACCAGUUAUUAUUUUUGCAAGGACAAGAACCUCCAAUUAGUCAAACGCUUGGAUUUGACGAGGCACAACAAAUUACUAUCGCCCACCGAGAAAAAACCAAUUACUAUUAUUUACCGGAAGUUAAUAUUCCCCCCAUUAAAUUAAAAGUUGGAGAAAUCAAUAAAAUUAAAAAGAGUUUGCCAAAAUUACCUUGA